AUGGACUGUGAGGAGGGCUGUCUAGAGAUAUUAACAGUAGAGGUGGACUGCGAGGAGGGCUGUCUAGAGAUAAUAACAGUAGAGAUGGACUGUGAGGAGGGCUGUCUAGAGAUAAUAACAGUAGAGGUGGACUGUGAGGAGGGCUGUCUAGAGAUAAUAACAGUAGAGGUGGACUGCGAGGAGGGCUGUCUAGAGAUAUUAACAGUAGAGAUGGACUGUGAGGAGGGCUGUCUAGAGAUAUUAACAGUAGAGAUGGACUGUGAGGAGGGCUGUCUAGAGAUAAUAACAGUAGAGAUGGACUGUGAGGAGGGCUGUCUAGAGAUAUUAACAGUAGAGAUGGACUGUGAGGAGGGCUGUCUAGAGAUAUUAACAGUAGAGAUGGACUGUGAGGAGGGCUGUCUAGAGAUAUUAACAGUAGAGAUGGACUGUGAGGAGGGCUGUCUAGAGAUAAUAACAGUAGAGGUGGACUGUGAGGAGGGCUGUCUAGAGAUAUUAACAGUAGAGGUGGACUGUGAGGAGGGCUGUCUAGAGAUAAUAACAGUAGAGAUGGACUGUGAGGAGGGCUGUCUAGAGAUAAUAACAGUAGAGGUGGACUGCGAGGAGGGCUGUCUAGAGAUAUUAACAGUAGAGGUGGACUGUGAGGAGGGCUGUCUAGAGAUAAUAACAGUAGAGAUGGACUGUGAGGAGGGCUGUCUAGAGAUAAUAACAGUAGAGAUGGACUGUGAGGAGGGCUGUCUAGAGAUAAUAACAGUAGAGAUGGACUGUGAGGAGGGCUGUCUAGAGAUAUUAACAGUAGAGAUGGACUGUGAGGAGGGCUGUCUAGAGAUAUUAACAGUAGAGAUGGACUGUGAGGAGGGCUGUCUAGAGAUAUUAACAGUAGAGAUGGACUGUGAGGAGGGCUGUCUAGAGAUAAUAACAGUAGAGAUGGACUGUGAGGAGGGCUGUCUAGAGAUAUUAGCCUGA